AUCAUCACACUGGCUAAGUGGAGAAAUCAUGAAUCAUCAGUGAGGGCCUGAAGUCUAAGCUUAGAUUGUUUAUUACAGACGGGUAAAUUGUUUGCCCUGUUGCCCACAGUAGCACACUUAGAAUAGCUUAUAUUCGAGUAAAACACUGAAGUUGUUUCUAUCAACGUUGUAGAACCGGUGGCCUAAUUUUGGGGCUGUGACGUUAGCUAGCUAAACCUACCGAGCUCAGUUAAACUUGUGAGCACUUUUGUGAAAGAUGGCUGACAACGGAGUACACCCGGCAGAGGAGGACCCAGCUGCAGCUUUCCUGGCUCAACAGGAGAGUGAGAUAGCGGGGAUAGAGAACGACGGCGAGGGAUUUGGGGCGCUGGAAGGAGCGGACGGCCAACCGUCGUCUCAGCCGCAGGCGGCCAACUAUGACGGUUUCGAAGAUGAGCCUGCCACGUUGAAUGGGGACCUGUUUCAGGAGUCCAAUGGCCCAACAGACAACUAUGCAGCCAUUGCCCAGGUGGAUAUUCAGAGGCAAGAGCCAGAGAGUUUACGCAAGUGGAGGGAGGAGCAGAAGACACGCCUUGAUGCACUAGACUCGGCAUCCAAGGCGGCAGAGGCAGAGUGGAGAGAGAAAGCCAAAAAGGAGCUGGAGGACUGGCAUGUACACCAGAGUGAGCAGAUGGAGAAGAACAAGGCCAACAACAGAGCAUCAGAGGAGGCUUUCCUGGCGGAGAGCGAUGGCGACAGCCCAGGAUCUGAAUGGGAGAGAGUAGCCCGUCUCUGUGACUUCAAUCCGAAAACCAACAAACAGGCAAAGGAUGUUUCUCGAAUGCGCUCUGUCCUCAUCUCUCUCAAACAGACACCUCUCGUUCGCUAGAAUUCUGUUCUAGAAGCAUUGCCUUUUCAGUUUUAACCUCACAUCACAUCAGGAGAGUUUGUAUGCCAUUUUCCAUAAAAUCCCUGGUAUGUUUCUAACCUUUGAAAACUUCCUUUUUUCUUGAUGCCUAUUGCAUUGAAAUAAUAUACUUAAUCCCACUCUCGUGUGAGAUGGACGACUCCAUUAGAUGGUCAGUUUUAUCACUGUUAUGCUUAAGAAAAUAUUGUUACUGUAAGUUAAAAAUUUUUAUUCCCCUUUAACUUAUAAAUUGUGACUAGGUCAACCUUAUUGCAUGCCUCUGCCAAUAUUUUGGAUGCACAAUUUUUAGUUUUUCCAUAAAUUUGCAUUUAGGUCAAUGUCAAACACUUAAGCACUAUUGCAUAUUAGAUUGUAACCACUUAUGCCUCUCAUCAAUGUAGAAUUAUAAACACAGUCUUUGUUGACAUUUGAUGUAUUGUGUCCCUAAUUACCAUAUUUAACAUAGCUAGCAUAUGUUUCUCUUUCAAAUGCAUAAGCUUGUGGCCUUUUUGAUGUAGCUCUUACUCCAGUUUGAGUAUUUAGCCAGAAGGGUUUCCUCUUCAAUUGAGCGAGAUUCCAGCAAAACGACAACAACAACAAAAAUCACGACCAAAGAUUUCUGCUAUCAUCUAAAUUUUCAGAGUUCACAUGAUUAACGGCUUGUUCAAUUUCUCAUUUCACUGCUUUUUCUCAGCGGAUGUUUUAUGCGCCGUUUUUGUGUUACACCAAUAUGUUUUUAAUUUUUUAAACCCGAAUCAAUAGGGUGUCAGUGUCAACAGUAAUGUCUGCACAUUGUUUCACAUGCUGCCUAUUUGGACAUUAUGAAUACUGAAAAAAGUGAAUGUUAAAAGGGAACUAGAAAAUAAAAACAGUGGCGUAUGAUCACCUUAAGUAAUUUGUCCUCAGCAUAAAUUAUGUGCGGCCCAGUGUCAACAUCCACCUUUGCAUACACUCAAAUGUACACUGCUGAAGCCUGUGCUCCUGGGAAAUUGGCAUGUCCGAGGAAUUCACCCUCACUUUUUUUUUAGCAUUAAAAUGUUUCCAGGUGCAUGGCAGCAAGCUCUGUGUUUACUUCUGUAUUCCAUAAAGGCACGAUUUUAACUCUGAACUGGCCACCGAAAUGCCUCCGCAAAAGUAAAGUGAUUUCACAAAGUGCUGUCCACACUCCUGGUCCAACAUUUGAAGGCCUCCUGCUCAAGGAUUUUCAAGUGAAACUGAAAGUCUGGAGUGUUUGAGGUGGACACUGAGAUUGGGCCUGUCUUUUGUAGAAAUGCCUCCUCCCAUGUAGAGCUGCUCACACAGGCCAUUGAUAUGAUUUUUUUUUUUUAAUAACCUGUGAAAUAAAGGUUGUAGGUUUCCCCUGAA